AUGAAUUGCGUAACAGUAUAUGAAAGUGAAAAAUGUUCACACCUUCUGAAUUUGCUCGGUAAACAAGAAAGCACAAAAUCAUUGACAACAUUAGUAUAUGUGAAGACAAGACGUAGUGUUGAUAUACUCGACGAAUUGCUUCGAAAUCAUCAUUUUUCUGUAAUUGGUCUUCAUAGUAAUAAACAGCAAGAUCAACGCGAAGAAGCGAUUCAGUCGUUUAAAACUGGUCGAACACAAAUUCUCGUCUCAACUAUCAUUGCUGUGCGUGGCAGAGAUCUUUUAAAUAUUCAGCAUAUUGUCAAUUUUGAUUUCCCAGAUAAUAUUGAUGUGUAUAGAGAAUGUAUCGCGCGAGUAAAUCGUGAUAGUGGACAAGUGACAUCAUUCUUCAACGAACAAAAUUGGCCUAUAGCCGGCGAUUUGUGCAAAUUUUUAAAACAAUCGUAUCAAGAAGUUCCUCAAUGGCUCAUCGAUCAUAAGUCUUGA